AUCGGUCGUCGUCCGAGCAACACGCGGGCUUAUCGCCUUUUGGCACGGGUACAGUCGUCACUAAAAAUGUCUAGUCCUUCGCGGAGGAAAUGUAUAAGAAGUCAGACCCGUGAAACGAUUGCCAAAGUUUACGACUUUUUGAAAAGAGAUGCGUCAGAUAUACUACAACUAGCAAGUGAUCCAGUUUGCAAGAGCAGUCCAGUUUUACUAGAAAAAUUGAGGGAUCAUUUAAAUAGCGCGCGAAAAAGAACAGCCGUGGCAGUGGGGGUCUCAGAAAGAACAGUGACUAACAUACUGGCUGAAGAGAAAGAAACAAAAUUUAAAUGUCCGUAUGAGAAUCGAAAGAAACGUGCGAAGAAGUUGGAAUUGGACCAAUUUAACGUUGAUGUCAUACGUUCAACUAUUGAGAAUUACCAGUCAGAACAUCAAGAGUUACCUACUUUACUAGAGUUGAAAAAAAUAUUUCAAGAAAAACUUAAUUAUUGUGGCAGUAUCACGACUCUACGUACUGCUUUGUUACAGUUGGGAUAUUCAUGGCGGAAAACUGGAGGGAAAAAACCUGGAAUAGUGAAGAAUGAAAUUAAUAAAUUAACACUCAAGACAAAUUGAUUAUGGAAUAUGGAACUACUUGUAGACGUGUAAAAAACUGUAGUAAAGUAUAUUACAGUCAUUUAUAUUGACCUAGAAAUAGAGUUCAUAUUAACUUUGGCGAUAACAUUUCUUCUGAUUAUUCUAGUACCUAGUGAUACUGAAUAAGGCAUAUGUAAAUAAUAAACGCAUACUUGUUACUUUA